AUGGUAUUACAAGGUAGCAACGGGCAGCCCAAUGCGUCCUGCGCCUUAUCCACGGCGCAAAAUAAAAAUUCCGACAGCAAACACGACAUCAAGACCGAUAAAAGUGAUCAUGUGAACAGUAAGAAUGAUCACGUGAAACGUCCGAUGAAUGCGUUCAUGGUCUGGUCUCAAAUUGAACGUCGUAAAAUGGCCGAAGAACAUCCCGACAUGCACAACGCCGAGAUCAGCAAACGCCUGGGAAAGCAAUGGAAGCUACUUAGCGAAGCGGAGAAACGACCGUUCGUUGAAGAAUCGGAACGCCUUCGUAUCCGACACAUGCAGGACUACCCCGACUACAAGUACAGGCCACGGAAGAAGAAGAAUCCGAAGAAGCCAAACUCGGAACCACAGAAACCUCUUCCCACAACGAUCGACCAACUUGGCUUCCAAGUAAGACAGGUGCCGACCAUGGGGCACCCCAAAUCAAACCCCGCCUAUAAUUUCGUCCCGGACGCACGGCUCUUUAAUAACGAAAUUGGCAACAUGAAACAACGGUUCGAAAGCUUCGCGACCGUACCUAUGGUAAACCAACCCGUACGGAGUGUACCCGAUUCCAUCUUAACCAGCCCCGAUGAUCAUAUCGACCAGUUAUCACUCUACGAAGAUUUUGACCAAAUGCCCGAUCUACACGGCAUCAAGAGACAGUUAAAUGCGCCAGCACAAGUACCUACAAGUUGGCCCAACCUUGAACUUUCAGGCCUCAAUAUUAAUAACCUCUCGCCACUAUUUAAUACAGGAACUUCGCAUUUUGACUUUCCCGACAUGUACACACCACCCGAAGUUUCCGAACUUAUCCAAGGCCAAUGGUUAGAAAAUAGCCUUGGGCAAAUCACGAACAUGUAG